GUCCGACCGGCCAAUGGCUGCCGCGGUCUCAUUAAUUAUGCGGUGGGUCCAGCAGAAAGACGAUGCGGAGGUUCUGAGGUUCCGAAGGUCCAACUGGAUGAUCCAGAUGAGACUAUACCGUCGCCAUAAUCUCGGAAGAUCGCUGUCAUGUGCUACAGGUCGGUGGGUAUGUCCAGAACCACCGGAACCAGGCAGAAUCAGGCCGUUAGAGUCAGUCUCCAGGUUCUGGUAGGAUAAAUAUCUGUCCUGUCUGCGGUCCAGAUGAAGCCGGCCGGAAUAAAAGAUGAGCUGGUUCAAAGUUGAUGGUGUAGAACCAGAAUCGGUCUGACCCAGAAAUUGGCAGCCAAUUGGCUGGUCUGGCUGGUGUGGUCCUGGUGCUGCGGCUGAGAGCAGAGUGGUCCAGAACCGGUCCAGAACCUUCAGAACCUCCUGUGUGUCUCUGUCUGAAGGGAAGUCUUCGCUCACCGUCCAGUUGGUGGAUUCCUGCGAUCCCACCAUAGAUGACACUUUCACUAAGACCAUGACGGCGACCGGUCAGCAGGUGGACACGGCCGGACAGAUCCUGGUUCUGAUGGAGUGGGCUGCUACUGGUUCUGGGUUUGGUACCAGACGUCCUCCUGGCAGGUACGGAGCCACCAGAACAUCCGGUACCGGUUCCACCCUGACGGUUCUGUGGUUGUGCCUGUCCAGGUGAUCCAGGAGAAGCUUCUGGACAUGGAAACCCAUCAUCCUGGACAUGGAGAGAUCACCUUCUACGAGGGGCGGUGCUUCACCGGCAGGAAGCUGGAGGUCAGAGGUGACUGUGAUAACUUCCAGGACCGCGGCUUCAUGAACAGAGUGAACUCCAUCCGGGUGGAGAGCGGAGCCUGGAUCUGCUACGACCAUCCGGACUUCAGGGGGCAGCAGUACAUCCUGGAGCACGGAGAAUACCCAGAGUUCCAGAGGUGGAACUCCCACAACGACCACAUGGGGUCCUGCAAGCCCAUCCGCAUGCAUGGAGAGCACUACCGCAUCGAGCUGUUCGAGGCCUGCAACUUCUCCGGUCAGUGCAUGGACAUCUGCGACGACUGUCCCUUCCUGCAGAGCCGCGGCUUCUCCAAGAGCUGCAUCAACUCCGUCAGGGUCUACGGAGACGGAGCCUGGGUGAUGUACGAGGAGCCCAACUUCCGGGGCCGGAUGUACAUCGUGGAGCGCGGGAACUACUGCAGCCCGACGGAGUGGCAGGCCCAGAACCCGAACAUCCAGUCCAUCCGCAGAAUCGUCAACUACUUCUGAUCCUUCCUCCUCCUCUUCCUCCUCCUCCUCCUCCUCCUCCUCCUCUUCCUCAGCAGGCAGAUCAAUAAACUGAGAGGAAUCCAGUUUUUUA